UGAACACACGUUAUUGUUUAUAACGCGAGAAUGUUUGCGAAAAUAUAUUUAAAAGUUAUAAAAUAAAAAUAGUGUAGUGUGUUGUGUAAUUUAACAUGAAAAUUAAAAAAAACUAUAGAUCAAAAAAUAUGUACAGUGCAUUUGUUUUCAUUGUAUUAGGACCUAUUUUAGUAAUAGCACACCAUUUAACGUCAUCUUGCCCUGAGUUCUUUGAAUACAAAAGAGAUAGCAGUGGUCUGCACGGGACAAUUCAUCUUAAGAGUAGAGGAAUAGUGUCUCAUGUUUUAAUUACAGCUAAUUUCACAAUUGCAACUAGAUUGUUGAAUAAUUACGUCGGUCGCCUAGCACCAAUAGGAGACAAUCCCUACAUUCUCGAUGACUUCAAUCAUGGAAUGCCAAUCGAUUACAGGGUGGAUUUUCCUACUACAUCGCCUCUGCCUAAAUUGACAGCUCUCUCUGUCAAUAACAAUGUUCUCUGUUAUGGACCUGGAGACAUUCCAGGUCCAAAUCAAUACGUGACUACGACAAGUCUACAACAUACACUAUUCCUAAAAGGGCAAGGGUCAAACUUCCUUGGCAAUAAUGGUUACUACAACCAUUAUGAUCAACCAUAUUCAAAACCUUAUGAUGAUCCUGACCUGUCAGGAUACUAUAGACCAAAUGGUAUUAAUGGACAGACGCAGAUAUACACAUAUGGAGGUGAUGAGAACCAGCAGGGUUGGAAUUCUGUAAACAAUCCAACCAACGAGCAUCGGGUUACCCAGCCACCGCAGCGGCAGCCAGAGCCCCAAUACUACCCAGAAGUCAUCACGCAAGCACCAAGACCUGCCACAAUUCGGCCACCGUCUCCGCAAUGGUCACGUCCUACCCAGAACUUCGGCACAGAUCAAUCAUGCGGCAUUAUAUCCGGUGGCAACGAGCAACCCCUCAUCUACAACGGACAGAGUUAUAAUAGGGGAGACUGGCCGUGGUUGGUCGCUAUUUAUAAGAGAAAAAAUGGCAGUCUCAAUUUUAUCUGCGCUGGAACUUUGGUAUCUGGACGACAUGUUAUCACGGCGGCUCACUGUAUGCGCCGAAAGAACGUAGUAACAUCCCGAAAAGACAUCGUGGUCAAAGUCGGAGUAUACAAUCUCGAGGACUGGAGUGAUGACGUCACUGUGACCAGAACUCUCGUUGCUGCUUACAUUCACGAUUCGUACGACGACAGUAUUCUUGCUAAUGACAUCUUAUUGCUAACUAUGGAUCGUACAGUGCAGUUCAGCAACUACAUAAGGCCAGCGUGUCUUUGGACCGGCAACGCGGACUUGUCUCGCGUUGUCGGAGAUUCAGGAGUGGUAGCCGGUUGGGGUCAAAGCGAGGACGGCCCUGCCGGUCACGGCGAACCCAAGAUGGUCCGCGUUCCAAUCGUCAGCACGGCGGUCUGUCGAGCCAGUAGACCCGAAUUUCACAAGCUGACGUCUUCUAAGACGCUGUGUGCAGGUGACAAAACAGGCACAGGACCGUGUUCAGGAGAUUCUGGCGGUGGACUGUAUCUUUUAGAAGGAGGCCGUUGGCGACUAAGGGGUAUAGUUUCGCUCUCUUUAAAACCAGAUAAUGGAGACCGUACGUGCAAUCUCAACGAAUACAUUAUAUUCACCGACUCAGCACAGUACACGGAUUGGAUACGAACUGUUAUGUCUUACUGAUUUGUAUAAUUUAUUAUGUUGUUACAUAAUGUGCCAAUUUCGUUAUUUAGUGAAACACUUAAUUUUAUAUAAUUUACACAAAUAUGUAAAAAUACGUACAAAAUAUAUUUGCUUAUUUACGUAAGUAAUGCAGACGAUAUUGUUAGUGUAAAUAAAUAAAACAAUCG